CUCCUUCAAACGGCUGAACGGAAGGGAACUCGAGCGCGAGCCGUGACUGAGAUCUCACACGGCGAAAUAACAUGAACUGCACAUCGACUUCGAUCGUGUCUGCGAAAAUGAACAGCAGAUAAAGCAUCAGUACAAGCUGCAUCCUGAUGCCACUUCAGCACCUGGAGGAAAAGAUGUCACCUGAAGAUCUCAAGAACUAGCUGGGAACUUUGCAGACCUUCCUAAAACCCUUGUAGCUGACUGUAGAACUGGUUUAGACAGUCUUUUUUGUAUCAUCCAACCCAUCUGCCCUUUAAAACAAUGGCGUCCUACAGCCCUGCACCCACGGAGGAGCAGUCCUCAGAGGUGUCAAAUGGAGACCUGAAGGCAAGCAGCUUGCAGGAGUCCAUGAAACUGAAAAAAGAAAUAUCUUUGCUCAAUGGCGUAUGUCUCAUUGUGGGAAACAUGAUCGGCUCCGGGAUCUUCGUCUCACCCAAAGGCGUACUGAUGUACAGUGGCUCCUAUGGGUUGUCUUUGGUAGUGUGGACAGUUGGUGGGAUCUUCUCGGUGUUUGGGGCGCUCUGUUAUGCUGAGCUCGGGACCACUAUCACCAAGUCGGGUGCCAGCUACGCCUAUAUCCUGGAGGCCUUUGGAGGCUUUUUGGCUUUCAUCCGUCUAUGGACUUCUCUUCUGAUCAUCGAGCCCACCAGUCAGGCUGUGAUAGCCAUCACCUUCUCCAACUACAUGGUGCAGCCCAUCUUCCCCACGUGUAUAGCACCCUACGUGGCCAAUCGUCUGCUGGCUGCAGCCUGCAUAUGCUUGCUGACCUUUGUAAACUGUGCUUAUGUGAAGUAUGGAACACGCGUUCAGGACUUCUUCACUUACGCAAAGGUCAUCGCCCUCAUCGCUGUCAUCAUCACUGGCCUGGUCAAGAUAUUUCAGGGUUACACACAGAAUUUUGAAGGGCUCUUCUCAGGUUCAUCUCAUGAUCCAGGUGAUGUGGCUCUGGCGUUGUAUUCUGCUCUCUUCUCCUACUCUGGAUGGGACACGCUCAACUUUGUCACCGAGGAGAUCAAAAACCCUGAAAGAAAUCUCCCGCUGGCCAUUGCUAUCUCCAUGCCCAUUGUCACAGUGAUCUACAUUCUUACCAAUUUGGCUUACUACACAGUCCUGCCUAUUCCUGCCAUCCUAGACAGUGACGCCGUGGCUGUGACAUUUGCAGACCAGGUAUUUGGGUUUUUUAACUGGACAAUUCCAGUCGCUGUUGCCUUCUCCUGCUUUGGAGGAUUGAACGCUUCAAUAGUUGCUGCAUCAAGGUUGUUUUUCGUGGGCUCCAGAGAGGGCCACCUGCCAGACUACCUGUGCAUGAUUCACGUCGUACGCUUCACCCCCAUCCCUGCCCUACUCUUCAAUGGUGCCAUGGCUCUUGUGUACCUGUGUGUAGAAGAUGUCUUUAAACUGAUCAAUUACUACAGCUUCAGCUACUGGUUCUUUGUGGGUCUGUCUAUCCUGGGACAGUUGUACCUGCGAUGGAAACAACCAGACAGACCAAGACCACUAAAGCUCAGCCUGUUCUUCCCAAUUAUAUUCUGCCUCUGCACAGUAUUUCUUGUGGUGGUGCCUUUAUAUAGCGACACGAUCAACUCAUUAAUCGGCAUUGCCAUUGCUUUAUCGGGAGUCCCCGUCUACUUCUUGUGCUGCCAUCUACCUGCCACACGUAGGCCUAUGUGGAUCAGGAAGUUUAUCGCAUCUUCAGGUAUCCUCAUUCAGAAAGUGUGCUACUGUGUUCUUACUGAGAUGGACAAAGAAGAUGAAAAGGCAGAGUAGAAGUGGACGAUGCACUGACAAGAAAACUGGAAUAUCUCUGGACAUGCAUCACACAAGCUGCUGAUUUCACACUGGUUUACACAGAUAUCAUUUUAGAUGAUGUCAAGUGAAAACUCCCCCCCAAUCAAAGCAAGUCCUUUGUAUUUAUUAGAGAUAUUUAUGCUGGUUUGAUGGGGAACAGUAAACCAACUCAAACUCGAGUAUGAAGAAACUACCUUUGGACUCUUAAGGGAUGAUGUGGGGCUUGGUAAGAUGAUGAAAUUAUAGCACUGAUAACGGAGGAAUUAUUUAGAGACAUUUGUACCAUUGCUUUGAAACAGCUAUAAACUUGAACUAAAACUGAACAUAAAUUUAGAUACGUGUACACUGAAAGUCUAGUAAAACACCUUGUUGUGCGUUGAAGGAAGGAAUUGCCACUACAAUAUCUUUAUCUUUACAGGUUUGUAUCUGAAUAUUGAAAACAGUAUUUUCCAUAUUUUCUUUUCUUUUCCAAAGACUGAAAUGACAAAGGCAGUGUUAUUGUGGAUUUGUGAUAAAUAACAAAAUAUAUAAUAAAAUAAAAAAAUUAACUAAAUAGCGAAAAGGGUCCAUUGUGUAUUGUCAAUUACAUACUUAUGUAUGAAGCAUUACCUACACAUAAGUUACUCUCAAAACAAGCAGCUUUCGCUUGGUCAACACCGCGAACGACCAACCUACAACUGCAGUCAAGCCAGCCGCCACUCCGAAAUGUAGUCUGUGGUAACAGGGACUUUCCUUUUUAGGGCUAUCUGAAAUGCUAAGUAAAACACCCUUUAUAUGAGAUUUUGGAGGGCUUAUAUUUAUUUAUUUAUUUUUAAUUUAACAAGGUACAUUGAAAGCAUUCAGUGACAGAAGCACCUUCAAAGGCAUUCAUUUUUCACUUUUUCUACCCGCAACAAAUAAACAAACAAACAAAAAAUAAUUCUUCUUCUAGCUAUUAUUGUUGCAAAUGUCAAGGCAUUUUCCUUAUCUUUAGUUAUGUGAAUGUCGUCACCUGUAACUCCAAACAAAGCCAUUAUUGGGUUAGGCUGAAUUCUUAAAUUAAAUGCCGAGUUUAAAAUUUCAAAUAUUGAAAACCAAAAUUGUCUCAGUUUAGUACAUGGCCAGAACAUGUGUGUUAGAUCUGCCUUAGGUGCAUUACAACGAUCACAUGUUUGAUCUAUAUUUGGGUAUAGUAGUUUUAGUGAUUACGGUAUGAACUUUCAUCUGAAUCAGACUGAGUCAUGCACAAGAUGAAGUCCUAUUUAUUCUUUCAACAGCUUUAUCCCAAAUGUCUUCGGAUAUGUAAAUUCCCAACUCUCCCAUCCAUUCUGUUUUGAUCUUCUCUAUUGAUAUAUUUUGGAAUGUCAUAAUUAAGUUAUUUUGGAAAUGAGGCCAUUGAGGUGUGUAGGGGUCUUAAGAACUAAGUCCAAUCCUGAUUCAAAGGGCAUUUGAGGAAACACAGAGCAAUGGGCCUGAAUAAAGUAUCGAACCUGGAGGUAACGAAAAAAAAUCUGACUUUUGAAGAUUACAUUUUUUAAUCAGAUCAUUGUAAUUAGCAAAAAUAUUAUCAAGGUCAAGGGCAUUUAUUUUGUAAUUCCACAUGAGUUAUUUUGUUAAUUAUCUUAAUAUAUAUUACCCUUACUCUUUCUCUGUUCUUGUUUGUAUGUAUAACUUAAGCACUAAAAAUAAAUAAAUAAAAUAUAAAUAAAAAUGGCUGAGUGAAUGCACGCAAAGACCGGCGGAAGACCGCCGUAAUGCACAGUAUAUGCGCGCAUAGUAACAGCGCGGCGGUUAGAUUGACCGCAGUACACAGAGAGAUCUUGAUAUUUGCGCGACGCUUUGGUGCCACGGCCCAUGGGACGCGUGCCCCAUAACGGAUUAAACUGUUAAAAUAUGAAAAUAAUAUAUAUAUAUAGAUAUAGAUAUAGGUGGAAAAUGGGUAAAUAAAUAUAGAUUGGCAUUUUUUUUUUCAAACAGUAAAAAAUAUUGAGACAGGUGUGACGCUCUUUUACAGAUUAAAAGAAAGGAAUAAAAUGUACUGUAAUAAGUGUAUAAUUGCACUGUCUGUUUACUCAUUUGCGUCAAUCGGAGUGAGAGAAAGAGAGAAGCAGUGAGAGAUGUUGAGACAGGUGAAAAGCGUUUCGUUAAUAGUGAAUAUUGACUUAUUGUGCGUGCCGUUGUUGCUCCCGCUGUUAGCAGGAGAUAAUAGCUGCAUUUGGGGUAAAAAAGACAGAAUUCUGCAUUGUGCCAAGAAGGUUGUCUGUUCGUUCACACAGGCACGAACUGAUUGACAGCUGCCUUUAGCGGAGCCUUCACCGAUUACCUCCAUUAAUCAAAGCAUUCUGUGAGUGACGUCACCUCCCAAUACAAACACGCCCCCUAGUAUAGCCCCGCCCCCUCACAAUGAUUGACAGCUUUCCGUGUAGACAUCGGAAAUUCAAAUGCAAAAGGAAUUGUGAUUUCAUUUGAGUUUUGGCAGGUUACAUGUGCGACGCAGAGAAAGUGAAAAAGCAAAUGUGGUAAUUAAUAUUGCUAUGUAAAUAUGACAGGCUCAUAACUCAUAAGACAUGGGAAAUACGGUAGCAAAUGGACUUAGUUUUUUCAUUUAAAAUGUG